UCCAGAUAAAUAUCACAGUUCAGUUGUGAGUGUUUUCACACAUUUUAAGCAUCACUGUUGUGGGCUCUUUGGUGAACCGAUGAGAAAAAUGUCUCUCAGAUUAAUUUUGUUCUGUUUGUGUUUCUGGCAUCUGGAUGGUGAGUUUGAUGAUAUUCUGACACCAGUGUCCGUGAAGGAGGGAGAUUCAGUCACUCUGAACUCUGGUCUUACUGAAAUAAUGGAUGAUGGUCUGAUUCUGUGGGUGUGUUCAAAUAAAUUCACUUUAAUAGCUGAAAUCAAUAAACGGGCCGACAGCAUCUCUGUACAGGAUGAUGCUCUUGAUGGGAGAUUCAGAGACAGACUGAAGCUGGACAAACAAACUGGAUCUCUGACCAUCAGAGACACCACAACUGAAGAUACUAGCUUUUGUCAACUACACAUCAACCGUAUGAAGAAGAUUUUCAUUCUCAUUGUCUAUGGUGUGAUUGGUGAUGAAAUGAAGUCAGUGUCAGUGAUGGAGGGAGAUUCAGUCACUCUAAACUCUGGUCUUACUGAUCUUACUGAAAUAAGAGAUGAUGAUCUGAUUCAGUGGUUGUUUGUAGAUGCUUUAAUAGCUUUUAUCAGCAAAGUGGCUAACGUCUACACUGUAUUUGACAACAAUGGGAAAUUCAGCAACAGACUGAAGCUGGAUCAUGAAACUGGAUCUCUGACCAUCACAGACAUCAAAAUUAAACAUGCUGGACUUUAUAAACUUCAGAUCAACAGCGUGGUCAAGAGUUUCAUUCUCACUGUCAAUGGUGGCGUUGCAAAUGCAUUGAUGCCAGUGUCAGUGAUGGAGGGAGAUUCAGUCACUCUAAACACUGGUCUCACUGAAAUACAGACAGAUCAUUUGAUUCUGUGGACAUUUGAAAAUAAAAACACCAUAAUAGCUGAUGUAUGGCUUGACAGAUUCUCUGUAUAUAAUGAUGUUCUUGAUGGGAGAUUCAGAAACAGACUGAAGCUGGACAAACAAACUGGAUCUCUGACCAUCACAGACACCAGAACUCAACAUGCUGGAUAUUAUGAACUACAGACCACACGUAUGAUGAUAGUUUUCUCUCUUAAAGUCUAUGGUGUUACAGAUGCAGUGAAGUCAGUGUCAGUUCUGGAGGGAGAUUCAGUCACUCUAAACUCUGGUCUUACUGAAAUAGAUGGUGAUGUGUUUCAGUGGGUGUUCAUCAACUCUUUAAUAGCUCAUAUCAAUGUAAAGGCUGACCACAUUACUAUAUUUGAUUAUAAUGAUGGGAGAUUCAGAGACAGACUGAAGCUGGGACAAACAAAACUGGAUCUCUGA